CGCCGCCGCUCGGUGCCGGGUCCCGGGCACCCCGGCCGCGCUCGUCUGCGGGGCCCGAGGAGGAUGUGAAGAUGGCGGAGCUGCAGAUGCUGCUGGAGGAGGAGAUCCCGGGGGGCCGCCGGGCCCUGUUCGACAGCUACACCAACCUGGAGCGCGUGGCCGACUACUGCGAGAACAACUACAUCCAGUCCACAGAUAAGCAGCGAGCCCUGGAAGAAACCAAAGCCUACACCACCCAGUCCUUAGCAAGUGUCGCCUAUUUGAUCAAUACCUUGGCCAACAAUGUCCUGCAGAUGCUGGACAUCCAGGCCUCGCAGCUCCGGAGGAUGGAGUCGUCCAUCAAUCACAUCUCGCAGACUGUUGAUAUUCACAAAGAGAAAGUUGCAAGAAGAGAAAUUGGUAUUUUAACUACCAACAAAAACACUUCGAGGACACACAAGAUCAUUGCUCCGGCUAACCUUGAAAGACCUGUUCGUUAUAUUAGAAAGCCUAUUGACUAUACGAUUUUAGAUGAUAUUGGGCAUGGAGUAAAGUGGUUGCUUAGAUUUAAGGUGAGUACCCAGAACAUGAAGAUGGGUGGGCUGCCUCGAACAACACCUCCAACUCAGAAACCCCCCAGCCCCCCAAUGUCAGGGAAAGGGACACUUGGGCGGCACUCCCCCUACCGCACACUGGAGCCCGUCCGUCCCCCAGUGGUACCUAAUGAUUACGUUCCUAGCCCAACCCGUAAUAUGGCCCCCUCGCAGCAGAGCCCUGUGAGGACAGCUUCUGUGAAUCAAAGAAAUCGAACGUACAGCAGCAGCGGCAGCAGCGGGGGGAGCCACCCCAGCAGCCGGAGCAGCAGCCGGGAGAACAGCGGCAGCGGGAGCGUGGGGGUCCCCAUCGCAGUGCCCACGCCCUCCCCUCCCAGCGUGUUUCCAGCCCCCGGCUCAGCCGCUGCUCCUCCCCUUCCUGCUACUUCUGCACCUGCCCCUGCCCCUCUCGGCUCUGCCACUGCCCCUUCCUCCGCUGCCCCAGAUGGUGCUGCCGGGGCGCCCCAGACCCCCGCUGAUGGCUUCACUUCUCCUCCUCCCCCUGUUGUUUCUUCUGCUCCCCCUUCAGGCCAUCCUGUUCAGUUCUACAGCAUGAACAGACCCGCCACUCGCCACACCCCACCAACAAUAGGGGGUUCUUUGCCCUACAGACGUCCUCCCUCUAUCACCUCCCAGACCAGUCUUCAGAGCCAGAUGAAUGGAGGCCCUUUUUAUAGCCAGAAUCCAGUACCUCUCGCUCUCGCUCCUCCUCCCUCCAUUCUACAGGUAACUCCCCAGUUACCUUUAAUGGGAUUUGUGGCCCGAGUCCAAGAAAAUAUUUCAGAUACUCCACCCCCUCCACCGCCUGCCGAGGAACCAGUGUUUGAUGAAUCACCUCCGCCGCCCCCACCCCCUGAAGACUAUGACGAGGAGGAGGCCGCAGUAGUAGAGUACAGUGACCCUUAUGCAGAAGAGGAUCCCCCAUGGGCCCCGCGGUCUUACCUGGAAAAGGUUGUGGCAAUUUAUGAUUAUACAAAAGACAAGGAAGAUGAGCUGUCAUUUCAGGAAGGAGCCAUUAUUUAUGUCAUCAAGAAGAAUGACGAUGGUUGGUAUGAAGGAGUUAUGAAUGGAGUGACUGGGCUCUUUCCCGGAAAUUAUGUGGAGUCCAUCAUGCAUUAUUCUGAGUAAAAGCUUGUGGCCGGGCUGUUUCCCUCCCUCCCAGAAUAGUCAGGUCUUCCCAGAGGAAAAGGCCCUGGGGAUUCCCCUUGAGUGAAAUGAAUGAAGGGCAAAUGAUAAAAACUACUUAGUUUUGUUUGUUUAUCCCCCAGUAUUAAACAAAUCAAAGCAAAACAAACAAAAAAAAAAAGCAAGUUGAAUCUAAAGAAAUGGAUCUUGCUGCCAUCACCUGUACUGUGCUGAGCUGUGUGGAUUGAAAUAAAGGGACCAUCUUCUGACAUGCCAGAGCUGUCACAGCAUAACUAUGUCAAAUCAAUCAGGUUAAGACAAAUUUGGAAAACAUCUGGGAUAAUUUCUCAGGAAUACUCUGUGUCCUUAGGAUUUCUCCCCCUGCAGGCUCUGUACAUCACUGUACAUCCUUCAGUGCCUGUGCUAAGGUCAAGCGCCCACCCAAGCCCCAGUUUCUUCUGGUCCUUCAAGGAGGGGAACCAAGAUUUAGGUUCUGUCCUUGACCAUUUGCAGGACUGUUUCCCCCUGUAACACUGUAAAUCCUGCAUCCUCCUGGACAAGUCCGUGAUGAACUUACUUCAGCCCUUGAGUGUUUCUGAGUUUAUAGAGCAGGCAGUGGAUGAAUGUGAGUCCCCAAGUAUUCCGAGGGUGUCCUUUUGCAUGUGCUCUACUACAUGGGGCCCUGGGGCUCAGAAACUAAGAGAAACUAAGCUUGUGGUAAGUGGGCAUGAAGUGUGGGAACCCAGGCGGGGAUGUUCCUGGUUUCUCCAUAGGCUGCAUUGUAGAAACUCACCUUGACUCACCACAGGUGCUGUUCUGAGCACUGAGAUCCUGGAGGUCACACCAGUUACUUUUUUUUUUUUCUUUAUAGAAUCAUUCUUUUUUUAGAAUUUCACAUUUUUGAGUCUUGAUUAUCACUGGAAAUAGGAGGCUUGUUACUGUGCUUUCUGACUAUUAAUGGCCAGUGUUAGCUGCUGCUGCUGCAUUGUUUACUCACUUAAUUCUAGAAGAGGUAAAUUCUCUUAAUGUUAUGUGAUUGGCCUCUGAAGUAGCUGCUCUUAGGAAUUUGUACCUUCUCUCAAGUAUAUUGGGGCAAGUGGAAUAGAGCCAAUUACUUAAUCUCAUCCUAGAAAAAUAAUUUGAGAGAAAUGACAGUAUUUUUGUAUUUGCACAUUAUAGCUUUGGUUUUCAUCACCACUCAGUAUCAGGAGGUUCUGUUCAGGAGAACCUGCGAUGAAGAGCACUCUCAUGGUCCUCGGCCCCCCUCUACUGGGAGACAUAGGGAGGCAGGACCAGAGAUUGGCCUGGGGUGAAGGCACUUGCUUUGCGUGCGCAGUCCCUGGUUUGAAUAUCACUGCAAUGGGAGCCCAUGCAUCACUUGGUCUGGUCCAGAUCCCAACCCCUGCAGCUCUAAUUGCAAAUGUUUCAAAUACGGGUGUUGCACAGGAUGGUGCAGAUAGAAGAGGUUGAUGGUCUAGUCAUGUUUGAGGCACCUGAGAUGGUACAGCCAGAAGCCACCAGGCAUUUGAGACUGUUGGCACAGCACAAACCUUCACACUGACUGGAACCCCGAGGGAGAAGAGCUCCCUUAUCAAAUUUUUUUUAUAGUUACAGGUCUUGGUUAAUUUUUACACCCAUUGCAAGCUAGCUAUUUUUUCUUUUAUGGUUCUUGAACACUUUUAGUGUUCAUCAACUUGUCCAGAAUACAUUCUACUUCUGCUUUUGUUAAGUCAUCUGGGAAUUAUGUCUUCUGCUUUCCUUCAGAGAAAUGGCCCUGGGGGUUCUCAGCCUAGACCAUAAUUGGAUAGUUUACUUAGUAUUAUCACUGGGGAAAAUGUCUUAAUUAGGUAUUCUAGUCCCCUACUCCCAAAUGACAGUUUAAUUUUGUACUGAAAAAGCUUAGUAGAUUAAGAAGGUAGCGUAGGCAAUCCUGUGGAGUUAGUUCCCACAGCUUGUCCUGCUGACUGAAGACAGUGGUGCAGAAUGCAGUGGCUUGCCUGCUGGUCUGUGCCGGAUUGUGGAAUUCAGAAGAUGUGGGGAAGGCCUUCUGAUUUUCACAUGCUGCAAGGGGGAAGCCCAGGUCAGCUGAUUUGGAUGGGCAUUUUUUUUUGUUACAAAAAUACUGGUUUGGUUUUCUGCAUUUUACAAUUUUUGUAUAAUUUCGAAUUCUAUGUACUUAGAAGGAUACCAUAUAAUGAUGCUCCAUGGUUUACAGUAAUUGGAAACUUUUAACGUAUGUAAUAAUUUCAUAGAUUGCAUGCUGUGAGAGGGUAGUAUUUUCAAACUUUAUUCUAAGUUUUCCCCAUUUUUAUAACCCAAAGGUGGCUGGAACUAGGAAUUUCAAAAGGAUGCAGAAAUAUUAUAGCAAAUAAAGUCUAAAAUAUGUCAACUAGUAAACAACCAUUUUAUCAGGAUAGGAAGAAUGUAAUGGGUGAGUUUUUUUUUUUUUUAACAAGUGAUUUCAUUCUUUUUGACUUCUGUCCAGUUCUUUUGGGGGAAAAAGUGGCAUGAAAGCUUUUGGGAUUGGUUGUUAUUAUUGCAAUUAGGAGGUUUACAGAGACUUAAAUUCAAGUAUAUGAUGUAGAGCUAAGGAAGUAAAAAAAGAAAAGGAUAGGAAUAAACGUAUUUUUCAGAGACCUUUCUCAAUAUUUUCCAUCUUUUAGCUAUUUGCUCUUUCUCCCUGAAGGGUUCUUGCUUUUUCCACCCCAGCACUGGCAAAGGCCUGCUCCAUUAUCAAGUGAGUAGGUCAGAAAUUUUCAGCCUGCCUUUCUUUUUCCCUCUUGCUAUUACCCAGUUCGUCUUUUUCUUUAAGCAUCUUUAGAGAUGUCUAAUGUAGGUUGCUCCUUAGCAGUCUUAUUUGAUUAUAUUUUCCCCACUGGACUGUAUAGUACAGGGGUGUCUUCAUGUAAAACUGACACCAAUUCAGAGCCCUGCCACUGCAUAACCACAAGGGGUCGCACCUGAGCACCGAGUCAGGAAUAGCCCUGGAGCACCCCCAGGAGUGGCCCAAACUGUACUGAGGUCCCUCCCCUUCAGAAAAAAAGGUGUGGAAAGUGAGGAUGGCUUUUAGGUUUGAGAGCAUUAAAAUGAGAAUCUCACCUUCACUUUUGGGUGUCAUUUUCCUUUAGUAGGUGACCUCUGUUCUUGUGAUUGGAACAUGUUCCCAUGUCCACCCAGUCCCAUUUGUCCAGUUUGGAAUUACUUUAGCCAGAAUUCCUGACAGUGUGAAGAUGAUUUCCCUGAUGAUUUUUUUUUUUUUUGAACAAUAUUAGUUCAGGGCCAGAGAGCUAACUUGAUGGGCAGAGCACAUGCAGGAAGACUGGGCUUGGGUCCUGGCACUACGUGGUCCUGUGAGUACCCCAUAACGGUUUUAAUUCAGUCUCAUUUCACUGAUCAAAGAUGCUCUGUUUCAAAUAGCAGCUACUUCAUAACGGUGUUAACACUAUGUGACUCAGCACCACACUGUACCUUUGCUACCACGGUUUUAACUGAAUGUGCUCUGUCAAUUUAGAGAUUCUGAGCUCUUACUUGCUAUCUUCAAGAUACUUGAAAAGAUGUGCCAUGUUCUGAUACCACAAGAGUAUUCAAACUAUUUAAAGGAGUGUAUUAAGUGCAACUUGAGUGAAACAAAUUCUAAACCCAUCAGAAACCACAUCCAGUUCAGAGUUUUUUCCACAAAGUGCAGGUAGUGAAAAUGUGACAUUCUUUGAGCACUGGUCAAAGCACAGCAUCAGCCUUACUUAUCAAACAGGUCUUAAUAGAUGCAGCAUUGUACUCGGUUACCAAGUUUUUCUUUAUGCUGAUCUUUUUUCCUAUUUCUUAAGAAUCUCAUUCUUGGAAAAAAAAACCUGAUAAAUGAAAUGACAGGGCCUAGCUGUGUAUAAAUGAUCCUUGCUAAAUAUCUUGGUCUUUUUGUAAAAAAAGAAAACAAACAAAAAAAAAAGCUUAUUUUCACAUUAUAAUGGAAAUGUUUUUUGCAACUUCAAAAUUCUAUGGAAAAAGCAGUUUUUAUCAUGUUUUGUGUCCAUACAUCUUUUUUCUUAACAAAAUGGUUUAAAAAAAUGAAUAAACAAUUUCUGAUCUGGCCAGUUGUACUUUCAGCUUCCAAGGGGAGGCUCUGUAUUCCAAGUUGAAAACCAGAAAACUGAGGGAACUGUUCCUUGCCAGUGACAUUACUCGUGUGCCAUGAACCACCUCCAGAUGAGUGGGGGCGGCAUUCACUUUUUAAGUUUGAAUCUGUAUUUGGAAUUAAGUGUUGCAGUGUACUAAGAACUUGACCUAAAUAAAAUUCCAUAAAAAUCUA